UCGGUAGAACGCAGUCUGAAGCAGCAAGCUGUCAUUUGGGAUUUAAGGAAUGGGAAGUACUUAAUUCCUGGACAGGAUGUAGUGGAACUACAACACAACCUCCUACGUCGAGUUGUUGGAUUGGCUUGCAGGGAAAACUGAUUCUGCAUCUGGUGGAUACAGUGGUUAUAGCGCUUUUGGAAGUCGAAACCUCGCUCAUCCAGGUGACACAAAUGACCGACUUCCAGAAAUUGAGUAACUGGGUGAUGAUGCCGCUCCCCAUGAUUCUCCUAUUGGCCGGGUUGUGUGUGGCAGAUCCCUUUACCACCGCCCAGGUUAGCGAUAACGAGGUGGUGAAACAGACGGCUGCAGACGAACUCACCGGACAGAACGAAGACAUUGAGAAUGUCAUUGGGAACCUUAGUAGAUCUGAACAAGGCGGUGGACAAAUGACAAAUUCUACCUCAGCCCCUGAAGCCUUCAUCACCACCACAUCAACCCCCAAACCCACUUCAACCUCCACCCCAAUUCUAACCUCCACCCCCACUCGAACCUCCACCCCAACACUAACAUCAACCCCCACUCCAACCUCCACCCCCACUUCUAUCCCAACUCCUGCCCCUCGUUGCCCAGGAAACCAGCUGCCGUUGAGGAGCGGCGAAGGCUGCGGGUGCCCUGUGGGCAUGGUAAAGGCUGGAGAAGGGAACUGCACCUGCCCAGUGGGAUACGUUGAGGAGAAGCCGGCAGAUUGCCAAGAUAUAGAUGAGUGCAAAGGGGAGGUGCAAGGACCGUGUGGUCUCCAUGCCAACUGCACAAACACAUCUGGCUCGUAUGUGUGCAAUUGUCUCCGUGGUUACCUGAUGGGUCCGGGAGGAUGUGAGGAUAUUGAUGAGUGUGCGUUAGCUGAAGUGACAGGGCUGCAGGCGUGCAGGUCAGGGGCUGAAUGCAGAAACACCCCUGGCUCCUUUUCCUGCUCCUGUCCAAUCGGAUACGUAAUGGCUCUGGACGGGCAAAGCUGUGUGGACGUCGAUGAGUGCAGCUUCGAGGAGCAGUGUCGUAGGGAGCUGGGGAACGUGUGCGAGAACACCCCUGGGAGCUUUGUUUGCCUGUGUCAGCCCGGCUUCAGAGCCCAGGCCCCCGCAUGCAUCGGACCUGUAUGUCCAGACUACAGAGUGUGUCAAGAUGUGGACGAGUGUAAGGAGAUGCCAGAAGUGUGUGUCGGUCAGGGUAUGUGUGAGAACACUCUCGGGAGUUAUAGGUGUGUCUGUCAACGAGGUUACCGGGGAAAUGGGACCCACUGUGAAGACGAUAAUGAGUGUGCCUCAGGGCGUCACGGCUGUGACACAAAUGCCCGCUGUGGAAACGUCAUUGGCUCCUACUUCUGCCAGUGCUACCAAGGCUUCAGUGGGGACGGGCACUCCUGCUUUGAUGUCGACGAGUGUGCCCUUGGUAACGGCCGCUGUGAGCACGUCUGCACCAACGAGCCGGGGGGCUACAGCUGCCACUGUCGCCAGGGUUACCAGCUGGCUCAGGAUGGGCACAACUGCACAGACGUUGAUGAGUGUGCAGUGCAAAACGGAACCUGUGAGCAGGUGUGCACUAACACCCAGGGUUCCUUCCUGUGUUCCUGCAGUUCCGGCUACCAGCUUCACAUCGACGUACACAGCUGUGUAGAUAUUGACGAGUGUAAGCUCCAGAACGGGGGCUGCUCCCACACAUGCGCCAACACACCCGGGGGACACACGUGUUCCUGCCCUGCGCCUCUGCUGCUACACACAGACAACACCAUCUGUGUCAACGUGACGUCAUGUGACUUUAGAAAUGGGGGCUGUGACCAUGUGUGCACGGUGCGUGCCGAGAGGCUUCACUACUGCAGCUGCAAUGCAGGAUGGGAACUGGCCAAGGACCUGAGGAGUUGUCUGGAUGUGGAUGAGUGUGGGGACUUCACUAAUGGUGGUUGUGAGCAGCUCUGUCAGAACCAUCCUGGCGGCUUCAACUGUAGCUGCAGAGAGGGCUAUAUACCUCAGACUGAUGACACCACCAAGUGCCAGCCGGUGUGUGAGCCUGGCUGUCAGAACUACGGGGUGUGUGUCUCCCCUCACACAUGUGACUGUCCAGCAGGUUAUCCUGGUCCUGGCUGUUCAGCAAUGUGCUCCCCUCCCUGCGCCCAUGGGGGAACAUGUAUACGCUGGAAUAUGUGUCUCUGUCAGCCCGGCUGGACAGGGCCUGGCUGUCACACAGCUGUGUGUGACCUGCCCUGCGCUAAUGGCGGUCGUUGUGUUGGUCCAGAGACCUGCCAGUGUCCCUCAGACUAUAUCGGCCCUCAGUGCAUGUCGCCUCUGUGCACGCCGGCCUGUCUGAACGGAGGACGCUGUGUGGACGUCAACAAAUGCACGUGUGAAGGAGGGUGGCAAGGAGCUCGCUGCCAGAUAGAACCCCUGCAGUGCCAAAAGCCCUGUAAGAAUAAUGGUGUAUGUGUGGGCCUCAACCGAUGUCGCUGCGGCCAUGGCUUUACCGGGAGUCUCUGUGAGACAGAGGUGACCACCCCCUGUGUGCCCCCCUGCCAACACGGUGCUCUCUGUAGUCCUCACAACAAGUGCACCUGUCCAGAGGGCACCGCCGGGCUGCGUUGUGAGAGGCUGACCUGCCCUGUGGUCACCACAGUGGUCAGCAUGGCCCGUGCUGUUCGGAAGGGGGUGAGGGAGAGCUACGUUGACCGCUGUGGACCCCUGGGAGUUCAGCUCUGCACCAAGUACAGGAUCAACCAGGUUCGUGUUUAUCUGCAAGCUUACAGGGUGGGCUACAGGAUCCAGUGUCCUGACAAGAAGGGAAAAUGAAGCUUCCCAGCUUAGCAGACGCCCAAGCCCCGGUCUCCAAUAGGAUGUGUUUUGAUGGACACUUUGCCAGGAAAGCACCCCAGUGGCGGUUGUACUGGUGAUGAGCUGGCGCCAAACGCUGACCUUGUGAGCCGACCUGUCAUCUCCGUUAAAUGUCCUGACAGUGUAUACACUGUAGUGUGAUUCAUCGGCCAAAACAUAUUCCACCAUUUAAAUAGGAAAUGUGUACAUGUUUUUGUGCUCCUGUAUGGCAGCUGAAAGUUAAUAAAACAUAUUUUUAUAUUGGUUUUUAUAUAUAUUGGGAUGAACUGAUUAUUUUGCUUUGUUGUUCAGGAUCUUUAGAUUUGGCUAUCAGUAAAACUAAUCGCUUUAUUUUUGAUACGACAAUAGGGAAAGAAAGAACAAUUAAUCAUUACGUCAAAGGUUUUGUCACCUUGUCAGGAAAACUCAAGUCUUCCUAAAAUCUUUAGCAUUUCUUUAAGAUAUGAAGAUGGUGAACAUGAUGAUGAUG